AACCUCAAGCCACCCCCCUCUCCCACAAAAAUCAAUACUCUCUCUCUCUCUCCAACCGCCACAAUCCCUCUCUCUCCCUCUCUCUACGAUUCCACAGUCUCCGUCUCCGUCUUUGUUUCUUUGAUUCAAUAAUUAAACAGUCUACGAUUCUUCCGAUGCCCUAGCACCUCCAGGGCCGGUGCCACUCACCUCCGGCGGCACCUCCGUUUGGGACGACUAUUGGUCUUCUGGUUAAGGAUUUCUCUAGAUUUUCUUCGUGGGGUAAAUCUCACAAAUUCGAUUCGAUCGUGAGGGGGCACACUCUUGAAUUUAGGGUUUUUGCGGCUCCAGCGAGCGCCAUGGCUCCGGCGCGUAGACGCGGAGCGAACAACAAAGGCAAGGACAAGAGCCAGUUGAGUCUGGGCGAUCUUGUCCUCGCAAAGGUCAAGGGCUUCCCUGCCUGGCCCGCCAAGAUUAGCAGACCUGAAGACUGGAAGCUGUCACCUGACCCCAAGAAAUACUUUGUCGAAUUCUUUGGAACACGAGAAAUAGGUUUUGUUGCCCCUCUGGAUAUUCAGACCUUCACUAAUGAGGUUAAGAGUAAAUUAUUAGCCCGGUGCCAGGGUAAAACAGUUAAGUGCUUUGCUCAAGCUGUGAAGGAAAUCUGUGUGGCAUUUGAUGAGUUGCAAAAAAAGAAAUCAAGUGGUUUGGGAGAUCAUACUGAUGGAUCAGAUGUUGGGCCUGAUGCUCCCUCUGCUAAUGGGGUAGAGGAUGAUGGGGGUGAGGUUGACUUAAAGGGUGAGACUGGUAAGAUGACAUACAAAGGAGAAACACCGAAUGGGGCUGUAAGUGAUUCUGGCUCGAAGUUGGACCACUGCUCACAGAGACAAGGUGGAGCUGAAAGUCAAGAAGUAAAGCCAUCUGUCCCCUGUCGAGAAAAUGAUCAUUUGUCUCUGAUUAUGUCUCCUCAGAAAAAUAAUAGAAUAUCUGAUGGUGCAAAACCAAAGGAAGUGGUAUCACCGACAACCAGUCCAGAUAAUUCUUUAUUUCUAAAGAAAGAAGUGACUGUUGGUAAAAAUGUUGAAGAUGAUACCUUUUGCACCAAGCAACGUGGUGAGGCACAGAAGGUAUUAACAAAUGGUCACAAGUCGAAGAAGAUUGGUGCUUCAAAGAAGAGAUGUGGGAGUGAAGUUGGACUAAACAAAACUAGCACGUCUGCUUUAACAUCGUUAAAGGUUGACAGUGAGGGUCAUUCUGUUGAUUCCUCUGAAUCACUUGAGCGAUCAAAAGAUGGAGUUAAGGUAAAAAAUGACUCUGGUAGAAGCAUGCGCGAGUUUUCUUCAAGCCCUCUCAAAGCAGAUUCUGGUAUCAAUGCAGGAAAAAAUUCGAAAGAUCUGCUAAAAGCAAAAAAGCAGUUCAAGGUCGCUGAUAAAAUGCCGGACUCUGGUGUUGAUCCAGAUGAGCAGGCCAAGGAAAAACCUUCUGGCAAGGAAAAGAGGGCCCAGCAUGGACAUGGAAAGCCUAACCGUGGAGCAAAUGAUGUUUUACAUCCUGCCAAAAAGUCAAAGUGCGAAGAUAUGGGUGAUGUUGCCACUCAUGGAGCACAUGCUAGAAGAAUUAAGAGUGACUCUCCUAGGCCAAAUGCUAUUGACAAGAAGGCAUUGAAGACGCCAGAGUUCAAAGGCUCAUUAUCAUGUGUCAAAGCAGAAACUAAUCUGGCUUCCAGAGGCCAAAGUUGUAAUUUUGGAUCCAAUGCUUCUGGUGAUGAGGCUGCACUACCUGUAACAAAGCGUCGACGCCGAGCAAUGGAGGCUAUGUCCGACUCUGAGACUCUUCCUGCUGAUGAUAAAACAGAGAGAAAAUCUGUGUCAGUGAAGAAUGAUGUAUCAUGUUCUAGUGGCAUUAAGGUUACAGGAAUUCAACAGCACAAAAAACGGAGAGCUGUUUGCCUUUUUGAUGAUGACGACGAUAAUGACCGCAAAACUCCGGUUCAUGGUGGAUCUGCUAGAAACAUUAGAGCAUCUUUGUAUGUUUCAGAUGCUACCAGGAGCAGUGAAGCACAGAAUGAUUGUUCUAAAGAUGCUCUGCAUGUCGGAGUUUCUACUGGACUUGAGGAUGGCCAUUCAAAAGAGUUUUCCUCUGAAGUGCAAAAUGAGUCUCUGUCACCAGGUGAAUGUCAAACUGAUGUGAAGAUGCCUGAAAAGGAAAUUGCUACUCAUAUUUCGUGUAGUCCGAGGAAACUAUACUCUGAGCAGUUGUCAUCCAAGGAAUCGAAGGAACAAUCGUCAUUGAAGGAGGCAAAAUCAAUGUUGAUUUCCCCAAGAAAGUCUCCUCAUUCAGGUCCUGUGACCAGACCAGUGGCUGAACAGCAUAAAGUGGCUGAACAGCAUAAAGUGGCCAAGGCUUUGAUUAAAGUUUCUGCUACUGUUACUCAGAAGAAGGUUCAUGCUGGGUCUGCUAAGGGUUUGGGUGUUGUUUCUAAUGGCAUGAAUUCUUCUCAGAAUCAAGAAACAACUCAAAGAAACAGACCUUCUUCAGGAGAAAGAUCUAAAGCCCCUCCUAAAUCAAUCUCAAGGAUCGGUGAAUCUACUGUUUUGAUUGAUAAUUCAGUAGAGUAUGAUUCUUUGCCCAGUGAAAGAAUGGAAGCUGUUAGGGAAGAUAAAAGUAGUUCUCUGGCUGAUUCUAAGACUCCAGAAUCUGUUAUGUCCAUGAAGCAUCUUAUUGCUGCAGCACAGGCAAAAAGGAGACAAGCUCACUCUCAGAACUUCUCUCUUGGAAUUUUCAGUUCUUUUGUAUCUGCACCUGAUGUCCCGGGAAGGAGCCCCAGUCCACCCACAGUGCAGUAUCUUUUGACUGGUACUAGCAAUGUGCUGCAGGAAGAUUUGCAAGGAUUACAUUAUCCCACAAAUUUGGAUUCUCCAUUAAAUCAUGGUCACCAAUCUCCAUUGCGAAAUCAAUUUGACGUUGAAGAAAUUGAGGAAAGAAGAGUUAGUUCAGGGCACAGGACUGCCGGAGGCUCUCUGAGUGGUGGUACUGAAGCAGCUGUGGCUCGUGAUGCCUUUGAAGGGAUGAUAGAGACUUUGUCCAGGACUAAGGAAAGUAUUGGACGUGCUACUCGUCUUGCUAUUGACUGUGCAAAGUAUGGAAUUGCUAAUGAGGUGGUGGAACUUCUCAUACGGAAGCUGGAAACUGAGGCCAGUUUUCAUCGUAAAGUCGACCUGUUCUUUCUUGUAGAUUCCAUUACCCAAUGUUCGCAUAGUCAGAAAGGCAUUGCUGGUGCUUCAUACAUUCCAGCAGUUCAAGCAGCAUUGCCACGUCUUCUUGGUUCUGCUGCUCCACCUGGAGCUGUUGCCCGUGAAAAUCGUCGUCAGUGUCUCAAGGUUUUGCGGUUGUGGCUUGAGAGGAAAAUCUUACCUGAAUCUAUUCUUCGGCCUUACAUGGAUGACAUUGGGGUUUCAAACGAUGAUACGUCCACCGGUCUUUCGCUGAGACGUCCAUCACGAGCAGAGCGAGCUGUAGAUGAUCCAUUAAGAGAAAUGGAAGGCAUGCUGGUUGAUGAAUAUGGCAGUAAUGCUACAUUUCAGCUGCCCGGUCUAUUAUCUUCCCAUGUAUUUGAAGAUGAGGAGGAUGAUUUUCCAAGCACUUCAGUCAAGGAAGCUGGUGAUGCACUAGUAGUGGAUGCCGAUGCCGCACAUGCAUUGGAAGAUUCAGAAACACAUACAAUUCCUCCAAAUGACAGGCGCCAUUGCAUCUUGGAGGACGUGGAUGGUGAGCUCGAAAUGGAAGAUGUUUCAGGACACCUGAAGGACGAAAGGCCCUCAUUCAUAAAUGGUUCUCUUAAAAUGGAUUCACAACUACAGAGCUUAAAUGGGACUUUGGAAUUUGCUUGUAGUAAUUCCACCGAGUUGCCCCCACUACCGGAGGGCUCUCCACCAUUGCCUCUUGAUUCUCCUCCUCCACCACCACCUUUGCCUCCUUCACCACCUCCACCACCCCCCCCAUUGUCUCCAUCACCCCCACCUCCACCGCCUCCCCCAUCACAGCCAGCACCUCUUCAGUCACAGUUACCGCCUCCUCCCCCUCCUCCUCCUCUAUCACACUCUGGUGCUCCACCAUUGUUGGUUGCUCAAUCUUCUUUACCAGCCCAGUCUUCAUUACUCUCCCAACCCUUUUUACCACCCCAAUCAUCAAUACAGUCUUCCCCACAGUUGGCAUAUCAACCACCUGUACCUCAUGAAUACUGCAGCACUUCUAGUGGCAACCAACUUGUUCAAAUGGCUGGUCAUGGGGGUCAUAUUGAUAAUACACAGAGAAGUGAAAUGUUUCCACAGCAGUCAUCGUGUUUUACUUCAACAGGAGUCUCCAAUUCUCGCGAACCAUCUGGAUUUAAUUCUUCAAGGCAAUUAGAAUAUGGACACAAUGAUAUGUAUUUAAAUCCACAAAUUUCUCAAACCAACCAACAAUUUCAACAAGGUGAUACCUCUUUUACACAAAGACCCAUACACCCUGCCCCGCCUCACAAUCAGCCCAGUCAUUUUUCUUAUACAAAACCGACGAUUCAGCAACAUGCUCAGCAUUCAUAUCACCAUCCGUAUUCCUUGCCCUCCCUUCCGGAUGGCCAGAGGCGAUUUGUUGCUGAUGAACAAUGGAGGAUGCCCUCGGGGGAUUUCAAAACUGAACAUCAGCAUGGUGGGUGGAUGAAUGGAGAGAGAGCUCAUUUGGGACCUACCUUUGGCCAGGAAGGUUAUUUUCGGCCACAGGCAAAUAAUAUUGGUUUUCAGCGUUCAGCCCCUAAUAAUCUACCAGCUGGGGCUCCAAUAUCAGGUCCUGGCGUUUCCCAGAUGUUUCCAUGUAGACCAGACAUUUCUGCUCUUAAUUGCUGGAGGCCAGCUUGAUCGCCUCAAGUGAGAACAGCAGUGAUCAAUUUGUCUUCUCUUCUUUGGGUGGCACCACAAGUUGCAAUGGUUAAUUACAUAGUUCCUCAGAGUAAGAUUCAGUCUCAGGAAAAAAAUCCAUCUACCACUUGAUGGCAGUGUUUAGAACUAGUGGAGGCUCUUGGCAGGACUCUGUAUAUUGUAAUUUUUCCUGACAAAUGUAUCCCGAGAACAUUUGCUUCAAGUGUAGGCCCAUGUUUCUGACUUGGUUAUGCCCACCAGUUUUUGGGGUUUUUGGGUCUGAUCACCCUUCAACUAAUUAAAGUUUGAUACAUCAUGGCAGGUGUAACUACUGCAAAAUUUUGAGGUAAAUAUUUGACGUAGAUUUUGGACAGGACAAUUCUAAUAAUUAAUUAUCUGCUAUAUGAGUACACUUCUUUUGCAAGACUACUUCUACCAGUGUACAGAUAGAUAGUUCUCUUACAUGCUCAUCGUAGUUGGUGCCUUUGUUAGCCAUGCCUUUUGAUUUUGUGGUUUAUAUGUGAUUUGUUUCGUUCUGUCACACCCAGCUGAGUAUAUUUUCUGACAAUGAGUUCGAUAAAUGCCUUGCUUGCUCUAAUAACGUUACACAAAAAUUGGUUGUUGAUUACUGGGCCAUUCACUUCUUUAUGUUAUCGUCUUUCACAAAAAUAUUAUUUACUGGGCCAUUCACUUCUGUUGUUUCCUCUUUAAGAAAUUUUCUUUACCAUGUCUCAAGUCUCGUACAAAUAAAUCUUUCACGGACUGAUUUUUUUUUUGUUUUUUGUUUUCUAUAAUCGGUGAAACACUUUACAUUAAAUGAAUUUUAGUUCAUUUUGCAAGACCUACCUUGGGGUUCAAUGUUGAAAAUUUUGGUCAAUAACUCUGUUCUGGGCUAGGUUGAGAUUGGCCCUUUGGUGGUUUUUUUUUAUUUUUGGGUCCAAUGGGGUGGCAAAAAAUGUAAUAUAUUUUUUAGAAUUUUAAUUUCAUUUUUGAAAUAAGAAAAAAUAGUUUUGCAUGUGACAAAUCCCGGUGUCCCACGUGUUUUUUUGUUAAUUAGGACCGACAAAUCCAAAAUUUGUCAUAGCACAAUGAUGCGUUAUUCAUUAAAAAAAAAAAAAAAAAGAGUAUAGGGCGGGGGUAAUGGAUCAAAUUUUCUUCAAAUGUUCUCAUGCAUUUGGAAUUUCCAUUGUUAAACUGACUGACGUUUCUCUUGGAUGGCCUUUUUCAUUUAUAAUAAAAGCUUCGUAAGCCUGUGCUUCUACUACAGAUAGUGGGAGGUGUUGGGUGUUCUCUGAAUCUCUAAUGCCUCUGUGAGUGAGAUAUAGCUGGCCUUGGAUGCCGGCCCCGGUCCUUAGACAAUGAGGUAUUUGUACGCUUUUUCUGCCCACUUGGUAACUUGUACAAUCUCUUAGCAAAGAGAGUUCUGUUACUCAUAAGAUAUCAUGUAAAUAUACUGUUUAUUAUGAGAUAAAAAAGUAGUCAUAAAAAUACUAAACAUUUUUUAAUACUAACUGAUGCGGCAAAGCUUUUAGAUCAUCAUGUGUUUAACGCGUCAGUGAGCUGGCUUGUAUAUAUUUUGCAAGAUGAUAUUGAGGAUACCUUCUCCUCCUUGUGGCUAAAAUGGUUGGAUUUGAUUUGUAAAGAGAACUUAAUUUUUUGA